AUGACAACCUAUGUGGAACUGAGCACAAACACAAAGAUGCCCAUCCUGGGACUAGGAAACUGGCAGUCCCCCAUUGGGAAAGUAGAGGCAGUCAAGUUUGCCAUUGAUGUUGGAUACUACCAGUUUGACUGUGCCUAUGUGUACCAGAAUGAAAAUGAAAUAGGGAUUGCGAUCCAAGAGAAAAUUGAGGUGACACAGGAGGACCUCUUUGUUGUCAGUAAGGGUAAGCUGUGGUGCACAUUUCAUGAGAAAUCCAUGGUGAAGGGAGCAUGCCAGAAUAUGCUUGCUGCACUGAAAUUGGAUUAUUUGGACCUCUACCUGAUGCACUGGCCCAUGGGAUUCAAGGCCGGAGAAGAACCGCUUCCUGCAGAUGAGAGCAGCAUGAUCAUUCCAAGUGACACAGAUUUUCUGGACACAUGGGAGGCUAUGGAAGAGCUGGUGGAUGCAGGAUUGGCAAAAUCCAUUGGAAUCUCCAACUUUAACUAUGAACAGAUAAAGAGGCUCUUGAACAAACCUGAUUUAAAAUACAAACCAGUGAAUAAUCAGAUCGAGAGCUACACAUACCUUCCUCAUGAAGAGCUGGUUAAGUAUUGCCAGACCCAAGGGAUUGCUGUCACUGCAUACUGUCCCCUUGGAGCUCCCAACUGGCCUUGGCCCAAGUCUGAGGACUUUUUCCUCUUGGAUGACCCCAAGAUUAGGGAAAUUGCAGCUAAGUACAGCAAAACCUCAGCUCAUGUUCUGAUCCAGUUCCACAUCCAAAGAAAUGUGAGUGUAAUUCCCAAGUCUGUCACUCCACAUCGUAUUGAGGAGAAUUUUAAGGUAUUUGACUUUGAAAUGACUAAAGAGGAGAUGGAAACCAUCCUCCGCUUUAAGAGGAGAUGUAGAAUCUGUCCCAUAAGCAUGUGCACAAAUCACAAGGAGUAUACUUUCAGAGAAGAUUAAACCUGGCAUUGUCUUGACAUUCUUCAGGGCUUAGAAUGAUUGUAUUCUGCUGAUCCUUUAGUCUGGUUAGCUGAACUGAUGAGCAUGUUCAUGUGCACUAUACAAUUAUGGCAUCAUUUAAGCACCAGUGUAAAUGCAUUAUGUACUGGCUGCUGGCAGAGGAGAUACAGGAAGCUUGAAGGAUAAAGCCUGAAGACAGUCCAAUUUGCUGCCCUUACAUCUACUAUUACUACUGUAGUCCUUUAGCUGUUUGAGAUUUUGUUUUUACAAUAUAAAUGCAUGUUUUCCCCUUUAGUAAAAUUUAUUCCACAGGCUGUUAGUAAUGAAACAGGUAAACAAGUCUUAAUAAUCAUUGACCUAUGGGCCUUGUGAACGAGUUUCUAGCAAUUAAACUAAACAGUUUUUGUAGCCAUAUUAACAGAAUGCUCAUGGCAUUUGGACUGAUUACUAUAGUAAGAGAAUCGUGUGCACUAGCAUUAAGACACCUAGGCCAGCAUUAAAACCUAAUUUAAUCUAAGAUAUGUUGACACCUAAAUACAUAGGCAUAAAACAGCUCAUUCAGUUUCAAGAAGCCUUCAUGAGAGAAGUGGAUGUAAAUUCUUUGUUGCUAUAAUUUCAUUUAAUGCAAGGGAGUGGAAUAGUUAGACUUUAAGAUGUUUAGAUUAGACUAUAUUACUGUGUAUUUAUA